AUGAUGUCUCCAUCAGAUGAUUAUGAGAUCCUAGUGAAAGGACUGAACAGUUGGAAUCUUCCCAAAGGUCCUGUCCCUUGUGAAUUGCUACUGAUUGGUGAAGCUGCCUUCCCGGUGCUGGUGAAUAAGGAUGGCCAGGUCAUCAUUGCUGCCUCACAUUAUGGUCAAGGCCGAAUGAUAGUCAUGUCCCAUGAAGGCUACCUGCAAGAUAGCAUGUUGGCUCAGUUUCUCUUCAAUGCUAUGGACUGGCUCAACCACCGCCCAGGCACUGCUGUUGGGGUACACAUAUCUGUUGAACCUCUGUCUCACAUUCUCAGUGAUUUGGGGGUGGAGGUACAGACCAUGGAUGGUCUUGAGGACUCCCUGGGAGUCUACUGUAUCAAUGCCUACAACAACACCUUGGCUAAAGAGAUGAUUCAAUUUGUGAAAAAUGGUGGGGGCUUACUCAUUGGGGGCCAAGCUUGGUAUUGGGCAAGUAAACAUGGACAUGACAAAGUUCUGUCCAAUUUCCCUGGGAACCAGGUCACAAGUGUAGCUGGUGUGUACUUCACUGAUGCCUGUGGAAAGACGGACUUCCUCAAGGUCUCUAAGAAAGUACCUAAAAUUCCACUUACAGUCAGAUUUGGGGAAGACCUCUCUCAAGAUCAACAGCAGCUCCUACAUGGGAUCACAGAGCUGGAUAUUAAUACUGGUGGACUGCCUUCUCAGCUGCUGGUUCAUGGAGCCUUGGCCUUCCCUCUUGGGCUAGACUCUUCCCUUGGUUGCUUCCUGGCAGGUGCCCGCUAUGGCCGGGGCCGAGUGGUGCUUGCUGCUCACGAGGGCAUGCUCGGUGCCCCCAAACUGGGCCCUUUUCUGUGCAAUGCUAUUCGAUGGCUGGCAGGGGGCCAGACAGGCAGGAUUGGGAUUAACCCUAAUCUUAAAAACCUGAGUUCCUUGGUGGCUGAGAGUGGUCUGGAAUGCAGCAUAGAAUCCCAUCUGACUACUGGCUUAAGUGUUUAUUGCUGUACAGCCUACGGUGACCAAGAGGCAAAGAAGAUACAUGAGUUUGUGGCAGAGGGCGGAGGAUUACUGAUUGGGGGCCAGGCCUGGUGGUGGGCCUCCCAGAAUCCUGGCAAGCCAGCUGUGGCUGAUUAUCCUGGAAAUCAUAUCCUCAACCCCUUUGGCCUCAGCAUCCUAGAUUCUAGUCUGAAAAAUGGCCAAUUUCCUGUCCAUGUACCUGGUAAAGGGAACUAUCACUUUCGCUCAGCAUUGUCUCAGUUCCAGGAUGAGGUAAAAGGAGGAGAAGUCUUGGCAAAAGACUGGCAGUCUAAGCUAAGGAAGGAUUGUGGAGCCUUCCUGAAGAUUCCUGCAGGAGUCCCUGCCUAUGCCUCCUUACAUAGAUUCUUGAGGAAGGUCCUCAAACAAACUGGCCUCCCCCAUGUCAGCCAGGAUCAUCCUGUGCACAGCAAUUCCUGUGAGGCAACCCUGCUCUGUAUGGCCACUGAGCUUGCUCAAAGUGGGACUACUGAUUGCCUUUCACUGGUCCACAGAGCUAGCAAUGGGACUUGCCCCUCCCAUCUCUACUCCCCGGGACCCUCUGUCACCAUGGAGAUCAAUGGCACCAGUCCAGAUGUCACUCUCUGGGUGAGCACCGGACUCUACCUCCCUGAAGGCUUUUCUGUAAACAUCACAAUGCCAUGUGCUGCUGCUACUGGCUUACAGCUGCCAUUAAUGGAUAUUUCUGGCACAAAUUUAGAACCCACAUCCCCCAGGAUGGGCCAGCUGGGUGAUGUGGACUUUUCUGAAAAAGACAAGAGUGACCAGAAGGACUAA